CGGCUUCCGGCGGCCAUCAUGGGCCGCAGCCGCUCCCGCUCCCCGCCCCGCCGCGAACGGCGCCGGUCGCGAUCGACGUCCAGGGACCGGGAACGAGCUCGGCGACGGGAACGAUCCAGGUCCCGAGAUCGGGACCGGGAGCGGAGGCGGAGCAGGUCGCGGUCCCCGCACCGAAGGAGAUCCAGGUCUCCUCGGCGACACAGGUCUGCUUCGGAUUCUCCUUCCAGGCAAAAAGAUGACAAGGCAGGAAAAGAACAUCAGAUUUCAGAGGCAGAUAUGGAGGGGAAAACCGAGGAAGAAAUUGAAAUGAUGAAGCAAAUGGGAUUUGGUGGUUUUGAUACCACAAAGGGGAAGAAAGUGGAUGGCUCCGUGAAUGCCUUUGCUGUUAAUGUGCAGCAGAAAAGAAAGUAUCGGCAGUACAUGAACAGAAAGGGAGGAUUUAACCGACCCCUGGAUUUCAUCGCAUAGCUCUGUUGGUCUAGAGUGGCAUGAAUAUGACUUGCAAAGGCAUUAACAUUGAGGCCAAGACAGCAAUAGUUUAUGCCAUACUUUGCGGGCAGGGCAAGUUCUCCGUAUUAAAGUCCUGGGGUUGGAUUUAGGAAUGGGACAAUGUGAUCUUCAGGCUUAGCAUUUCUUGAACACCCGUACAAUAAGCAAUGUGCAAGGGGAACAGGCUUCAUCUUUAUUCUUGUUUGCACACAGCUGUCAUCAACCAGUCUACACGUGCACCACACACCUACCAUUUCAUUGCGGAUUGUGCACCAGCUCCUUUUAACUGGAGUGUAAAGACGCGAUGAAAUUUAUAAAUGGCUAAUUUUGAAUUAAAAUGAAGUGGAAAGAGCUCUAUAGCAGGAGUGUUUUGCCCCCUUUUGACAUGGUGUAUUUCAAUCAGAUCCAUUUCACAUUGAUGCAUGUUUGAUGCUAUUACAAAUUGACAAUUAUAUGGAACUGACUGUACACCAUUGACUCACCACCUCCAGGCAGCAUCUCUGUGGGUUCCCGUGUGUCGAGCCGCAUAAAUCUCAAACGCGACUCUCCAAAAUGCUGCAUUAGGCUGUUGUCGUGACUUGCAUUCAGGACUUCAAGACCAACAGUAUGUUUUGUUUUGGAGACGUUCACCGUGUCCCCAACUAUUU